GACCUGCGGGCGGUGCGAAGCGCAGGGUCCGUCCUCCGCACGCGGUGCGGGUUCCUCGGUAGCUGCCGGGCUCUGAAGUGGAUGAUGGAUUUUGAGAAUCUUUUCUCCAAACCCCCCAACCCGGCUCUCGGCAAGAAACCCGUCACGGACUGUGGCCAAAGAAUCGAUGGUGAAAUAGAUGAUACAGAAGUUGAAGAAACACAAGAAGAGAAAAUAAAAUGGGAAGUAAAACUGGAGUGUGAGCAAAUUCCCAAAAAAUUUAGGCACUUCAGAAACUCUACAUCACCAAAGAAUUUGCAACAUAGAAAAUCAAGAAGUAAGGACUAUGAUGCAUAUAGUGAUAACGAAAUCUGCAGUCAGGAAUCAGAAGAUAAUUUUACUAAAGAGCUUCAACAGUAUAUACAAGCUAAAGAGAUGGCAAAUGUUACUCAACCCUUAUCAUUUCCUGAAGAAUCUGUGAAGAAAGAGGGAGCAAAGGAUACCCAGAAAGGCAAAGCUCUUAAACGAAAGAAUAAAAAUAAAAACCUUAAAGCUGUUCAGAAGAAUGGUAAACAGAAGAAAAUGAAGCGAAAAUGGCCUGGCAUGGGAGACAAAGGAUCAAAUGCUUCCCUGAGGAACAGUGGCUCACAGGAACAGGAUGAUAAGCCUAAAGAGAAGCAGCAGCCUGUGAGAAUGAGUCAGGGAUUCAUCAACCAGCAUACGGUGCAACGCCAGGGAAAACAGAUUUGUAAAUAUUUUCUUGAAAGGAAAUGUAUUAAGGGAGACCAGUGUAAAUUUGAUCAUGAUGCAGAGAUAGAGAAGAAAAAAGAAAUGUGUAAGUUUUAUGUACAAGGAUAUUGUACCAGAGGCGAAAACUGUCUGUAUUUGCAUAAUGAAUAUCCUUGCAAGUUCUACCAUACAGGAGCAAAAUGUUAUCAGGGAGAAUAUUGCAAGUUUUCACAUGCUCCGUUGACUACUGAAACACAAGAACUGUUGGCUAAAGUGUUGGAUCCUGAAAGGAAGUCAUCAUGAAAAUAAAAUACAUAAAAAAGCUUUGUAUGGAUGAAGAGUGCUUGUGUCUAUGCUUGUUCAAGACUAUUCAAGACUUGAUUUGGAGUGGUUUACAAGAUUCCUCAUUUAAAGCACCUUCUUGUGUCAUUACAAUGAUGUGCAACUCUUCAGUGUAUGGCGCUGAGGGACAGAAUAUAGUGUCUAAGUGAACGGUUGGUUUUCACCAAGGUGGUUCCAGCCAUUGAAACAGAGGAGGAGCAUAUGUGACAGAGAUGCUGGCUGGUGGGUAAAUGUUGUGGUAGUAGAUUGCAGAAGUCUCUUCUGAUUGAUUGCGUUUUCUCAAUAGAAUAGGAAAAAGGUUAGACUGAGUGAGGAUGGAUGAAGAAGAUUUGAAGAGAGAAAACUACUAGGUUUCUCUAGGAAGACAUUGGGAUAAUAGACAGUGAAUAUACAGCUAGAUCUUUUCAUGUCAUUAAAUAUGUUCACAACAUAUUUUUAAUGUCUGUUCACAGUUCUGUUUUGUGGCUUAAAUUAUGCUUCUAUUAUUUUUUAAAACCGAUUUCCUGUUGGAUAAAAAAGUUGUUUCCAGUUUCUUACUAUUAUAAAUAAAAUGGAGCAGUGUCUCUUGCUAUAACAUUACUAAACCUGGAGUUGUUAAAUUUUUUGUUGUUAAGAUAUAAGAAUGGUUAUCUUUUUGAUUGGUUCAUAAACUAUAGUCAGAUUACACAGAGUAGAACAUAAAUUUUAAGAUUGUGAUAUCUUUAAUAUAAUAUUCCAAUACAAAAUUUUCCAAGCACAAAUAAUGAGUCUAAAUAUGUACUUUUAUAUAGUGGUAUUGAUUACUAUUAGAAAAAUACAGUGAAAUUGAAACUAUCAUCAUAUUGUUUUAUUGCUGGGAAAAAUAAUAGCAUCACUAACUUGCUGUAUACAUUAGAGUCCACCAAAGUUAGUGACACUUCUUAGCAAAGUCCUGUUUGAAAAUAUGAGUCAGAAUUAUUUUGGUUGUAACCUGAUUCCACAAAAACAAGAAAGGCAAUUGCGUAUAUGCAAGCAAAGGCUUAUCAGACAGGACCUGGGAAAGGAAGAAGCAAGGAUGGAUCGUGGGCCCUUGGCAUCGGGAGUGUGUGAGCUGAGAGUGAGUCAUCUCUCAGCGCCCAUUGUCGUCUGCCAGGUUCACUCCAUGGCUAUGAUGGGGGGAGGGAAAGAUAAUGCACUAGAAUCGUCCAGAGGAAGUCACAGGGGAGAGGGGCUGAGUCUGCUUUAAGAGGGUUCAUUUCAAGAAUCUUCAAUAAUAUAAUGAAAGUGUGCAAGGGAGUGGUUAUAUUACCUGUAGAAGCGAUACAUUAUAUCUUCUUUAAAGGUCACAUACAAUUUAAAGGAAUUCAAGAUCUUGUCAUAGGGCAGAAUUGUAGAAGGUAAAUUUUAUGGGCAGCCUGUAUGUAAGCUAACAUUGGCUAAUGUACAAUAAGCUAACAUUAGUGCAUACUUAGCAUGUGCAGGCACUAUGCUAUUUUAUUUAAUACUGUUUAACUUUUAAAUUUAAACCUCCCAACUCUAUGAGCUGAAUAAUGGGAUCCAUUGCACAGAAAAGGAAUAAAUAGGAACAUUUACCUUAUACUUUUUCUAUUUUCAUGAGCCUUGAAAAUACUUGUAUUUAAUCUUCAAUGACAGUUUUUAAAAAUUUAUUUCUUUAUAAUAUUAUGUAAUAGUUUAACACUUAUGACAUAUAAAUACAUAUAUAAAAUUUAUGCAUAAGAAAAAAGUAAUUCUUAUAUUCCAAGGGGCAGUACCCAUCUCACCUGUAAAUUUAAAAGACCAAGCAGAGAUUUGAGGAACUGAGAAGUCAGAGAAGUUAAAAUAGCUAUACUGUAU